AUGGUUGCCGAUACUCUAGAGGUAUUUAUGGAUGGUUUCUCUGUAGUAGGUGAUACUUUUGAUGACUGUUUGUUGAAUCUUAGCAGGGCUUUACAGAGAUGUAAUGAGGCCAACCUAGUACUGAAUUGGGAGAAGUGCCAUUUCAUGGUAAAGGAAGGUAUAGUCCUGGGACACAAAGUAUCACAUAAAGGGAUAGAGGUCGAUAAGGCCAAGAUUCUAGUGAUUGAAAAGUUACCUCCGCCAAUCCGUGUGAAGGGUGUUAGAAGCUUUCUAGGCCACGCUGGAUUCUAUAGGGGUUUCAUCAAGGACUUCUCCAAAACUGCACACCCCAUUGCGUUUCUGACCAAGUAUGGGGUAAAACAACACAAGGUGGCAACACCUUAUCACCCACAGACCAGUGGACAAGUGGAGGUUUCUAACAGGGUGAUUAAAGCAAUCUUGGCCAAGACAGUUAAUGCCAACAGGACAUAUUGGGCAAGGAAGCUGGAUGAUGCUUUUGGGCAUAUCAGACAACUUUUAACACACCUAUUGGUUUUUCAAUCUGGAGCUAUUGAACUGGAAAAUGAGAAAAGAGAGAGGUUCAAAGCUAAUGGUCAGCGAGUCAAGGCAUAUUUGGGUACUCUUGAGGAUGUGAAGACUGUAGAGGAAUGCAAACUUGAUGAAGUCUGA